AUGAUUAGUGAAGUAACAAAGAGGACUUCUAUUUUGAGGUCGUCACACCACCCCCCAACAACCCCUCACCCAAAACAAAAGAAAAAGAUUUCGGGAAAAAAAUUGGUUCAAUCAAUAGUCUUUCUUUACCAUUCAACAAGUUUUGAAAAGGAAAAAAGGAAGGUUGGAAUUUAUUUAACCGGUUCAGUAUUGCAAUGCAAGAGAUUUAGUCUGCAUUCUGAACCAGCAAAUCUUCUAUCCUUUUCCGGAAUAACUAGAAGAGUAUUUGCUUACUUUGAGGAUAAUGGUUCUCAGCUUUUUAACUUCUUUUCUUUAUCAGGUAGGGAUUUUAUCGCCCCUUGCAAGUGCAAAGUCACGUCCAAAUAUGUUCACAGGAAAUGUUUAGAUCAUUGGCGUGCUGUUAAGGAAGGGUUUGCAUUUGCUCAUUACACAACUUGUAUGACUCCUUACUAUUUAAGAGUCCAUACUGCUCAUCUGAAAUGGCGAACUUUGAAGUUCCAAUUUUUUGUGACCAGAGAUGUUCUAUUCGUCUUGCUUGCUAUGCAGUUGGUUAUUGCUUCACUGGCAUAUUUGGUAUAUCUUAUUGAUGGUUACGAGAAAUUUUGGCUUCGUCUCACCUGUGGUUUCGGAAACAUUCUUGCCUUCUACUACAUAUGUUGUAAAACAUCUUGAGCUUAUUAGCAGUCAUGGAGGCACAGUCCAUCUAUA